AUGAAAAGGCUCCUGCUACUGCACCCCCAAGUGGGAAAUGGCGGCGUACAACGGCAGGAACCUUUUUCUCAACUGCGCAGAUGGAAAAAGUACAUUCCCUUUUAUGAUGUCAACAAGGGGUACAAGAAGAGGGGGAGGAGUGAAGAUGUGAACGAGGGGAAGCAGCUCAAAGAGGUGGAAAAUAUCCGUUCAAGCAGCACCGGUGGAGACGAUACACAGUCCAGUUGGGCUCAGCAAAGAGACGCAGAUAAUACCAAUCAGCCGCCUCCCUGUGAGCAGCUCGUCCCCCCAGUGUCCCCUAUGAAGGGAUUAAAGCUGCUCCUAAGCUGUCGACAUGUACAAAGCGGGUACCCUCAUAGUGGUCAUGCCUCCCCCAUGGAGAGUACCAACCGGGAGGAAAAAAUUCACUUCAAUUUAAUCAUCAAGAUUGAUAUCAAGAGAGAGUCACUAAGAGGCAUGUGUAACCUUCCUCACAGUGUAGACAGGAACAAAAAGAUCCUCGUGCUAGUCGAUGAAGAUCAUCAGACAUUGAAGAAGGCUGGAGCCGAUUAUGUAGGCUUAGAAUACAUUAACAAAAUAAAAAACGGAUGGCUGGAUUUUCACUUAUGUCUGUCCGAUUUUAAAAACAUCAAUAAGAUCCUUCCUGUUGCCAAAAUAUUAGGACCGAAAAAGUUAAUGCCAAAUGUUAAGUCCAAUACAUUAGUACACAAUCUGGUGGAUGCCAUCCUCUCCAUAAAGAGUGGCAACCGAAUUGAGUACCGAAGUGAACAAGUCGACACAGACACCUUUGAUCUGUUCAGUCAGAUUUAUCAAUUUAGGAAUAUCCAUUUGGGUUCUAUAGCCAACCUGAAUGUCAAUAUUGCGUCUACUGAGAUGGACCCGUACGAUACGCUGGAAAAUAUGAAGUGCUUCGUUACAGAGAUUCUCAAGUGCAAUGUUCACUCGAGUCACAUGGAGAAGGAUGCAAAGGCUACGUUCACGUGGCCACCUGUCACUUGCAAGAGGAAGAGGAAGAAGCUGCUGCACGUGCAAGCAGGUAGUCCGCUCCUCAUCGGUGGAGAACACCACUCUGAGUCCUUCCUCCUCGGGGCAUACGUCACCGUGCCUGGCGUUCCCAAGAUAUUCCUGCACCCGCAGUUGCUGCUCCCCCACUCGGAGGGCUAUUCCGUUUAG